AGCCCUGAGCCUCAGCUCCGGGCCGCCUGGCUGGAAGUUGGCUGUCCUGCUUCCUGUGACCUUGGGGGCUUGAACAGGACUGGGCCCAGGGCACAGAGACUCCCUUGCCAGGCCUUUUCCCUUAGUUGCUCCUCCCUUGUCACUUCUACUCCGCCCUCUACUGCCCUAAACUGCUUCCUGGGCCAGGACUUUGUUUUUUUCCUGCCCUAGUUGGGGGCGUGGGGAGGGUAUCGCAGCCCCAGUCGCUUUGGGAGACAUGGAGCCCAGGAGGGUGGCUCCUGGGGCGCACGACUGGGGGCCUCGGGUGGACGCGGGGUCCGGGACGGCCGCGGAGCUCGUGUACCACCUAGCGGGGGCCCUGGGCACUGAGCUGAAGGAGCUGGCGCGCCGCUUCGGGCCGGAGGCUGCGGCCGGGCUCGUGCCGCUCGUGGUGAGGGCGCUGGAGCUUCUGGAAAAGGCGGCCGUCGGGCCCGCCCCAGACUCGCUGCAGGUAUCUGCGCAGCAGGCCGAACUGGAGCUGCGGCGGCUGCGGGAGGAGAACGAGCGCCUCCGUAGAGAGUUGCGCUCUGGGCCACAGGAAGAGCGCGCUCUGCUGCGGCAGCUCAAGGAGGUGACCGACCGCCAGAGAGACGAACUCCGAGCUCACAACCGCGACUUGCUGCAGCGCAGCCAGGAGACCGAGGCGUUGCAGGAGCAGCUGCAGCGCCUCCUGCUGGUGAAUGCGGAGCUGCGGCACAAGCUGGCCGCCGUGCAAACUCAGCUGCGCGCCGCGCGGGACCGCGAGAGCGAGCGAGAGCUGCAGCGCGAAGCGGCCGUGGGGCCGCCUCCAGAGCGGGCGCGGGGCCAGGCUGGAGGUCCCGUGGGUGAGCAGGGUCAAGAGCCCGAGCGGGGGGCCCCCGACGCCGGAACCCAGGGGACCCCUGAGAACCCGACGGACACCCCGCCGCAGCCAGGGCGCCCCCCCGAGGUGGGGCAGUGCGGCUUCAGUCGAGCGGAGGUUGAGCAGAUCCUUCAGGAGCGGAAUGAGCUCAAAGCCAACGUGUUUCUGCUGAAGGAGGAGUUGGCCUACUUCCAGCGGGAGCUGCUCACAGACCACCGGAUCCCAGGGCUUCUGCUUGAAGCCAUGAAGGUGGCUGUCAAGAAGCAACGGAAGAAGAUCAAGGCCAAGAUGUUAGGGACCCCAGAGGAAGCAGAGAGCAGUGACGAUGAGGAUGGCUCCUGGCUCCUGCUCUCCAGCGACAAGGGAGACCACCCACCACCUCCACCCCCUGAGUCCAGAAUACGGAGUUUCUUUGGCCUGUGGUAUCGGGGUGAAGCAGAAGCCCCUGAAGCUGACGCCAGCAGUACAGCUCCCAGAGAGCUGCAAGCAGGAGAGGAGGCCACAGAACCACCCCAUUUGGACCCUGUAGGCAGCCUGACAGCCCCCAGCUCCUGACCGGCCCUGCUCUGCUCUUGAUGAAUAUCUUCCACUGGGGCAUCCGUUGCCCCAGAGACCUGACUUUGGAGUCUGUCUGUGGGUGGAUGUGUGCCCUCACAUGAGGCCAGGGUGCCCUCCUUCCCCCCCAAGCUCGCUGCUGUCUUUUCUCUAUCUCUCUUUUUUUGGGGGGGUGGGGGUUGUACCCAUGACACAUGGAAGUUCCCAGGCCAGGGAUCAGAGCUGCGCCACCGCAGAGACUGGAGCCACUGCAGUGACAAUGCCCAAUCCUUAACCCGCUGAGUCACAAGGGAACUCCCCAAAGCUCUUUUCUAAUCCUGGCCUGAGCCAGGGCAUGCCGGGGAGUUCAGCCUACCUUCCUUCUUACAUCUCUGGGCCUAGCCUCGGGGCCACAUGAAAGUGCUUCUUCUCUGAGAGUUUCCCCCUCCGUGAAAUGGAGAGCUGACUUCCUCCCUCCCGGGGGUUGGUACGGAUGGCCUAAGCUAAUUAUAAUAAAGCAACUGCCCUUGAUACCCAGAAA